AUGGAAUUUCUUACAUCUGGCGGCCUUUGGGCCAACAUCGCACUUGGAGUGUUAGCAAACGACGAGAAUACUGUUUACCCACAAUUGGGUCCAACGUAUAAUACCAAAUAUCCCCAGGCCAACUCGACAUACAACUACAUUGUCGUUGGCUCAGGCGCUGGCGGAUCUCCCUGCAGCUCGGCUGGCCCUGGCCAGCCACAGCGUCUUGUUGAUCGAUGCUGGUGA